AUGACCCCGUGUGGCCGUGGGACCUCUCUGCCCGUGCUCUGUGCCCUGCCCAGCAUGGGGGGUGCUCCGUCCUUCCCCAGCCUCGCUGCUGGCUCGCACCCCACGUGCGACAGUGCACGACAGUACCUCCACUCGGCCUUGAUUCGGGCCCUUCAGGAGCACCCAAUAAAUGCACCUCUCUGCCGCCCCCGACGACGUGUGAAUUAUCGGCCCCCCGCCACCCUGUGGCCUUUUGGGGUCGGGGGUUCAGCCCUCGGCCCGUCGUCCCCCAUCCUCGCCGGGCGCGGUGCCGCGGUUCCGUACCCCCGAGCCUCAUGGCACCGCGCUCGCCGCUAUGAGUCACGCCGUUGGCCACCGCCGCUUCCUCGGGGCCGUCUGCAGCGCUUGGCCGCGGCGUGCGGGACCGGCGCGGUGCCAGGGGGGGUGCACCGGGAGGGGGGGUGGGGUGGGGGGAGGAAGGGUCGGGGGGAUGUCGAGUCGUUGCGGGGGUCCGGCACCCCAUCUCCGACGGGAAACGCGGCCCCGACGGCCGCCUCGCCCCGCGCCGCCCCUUCAGCACCACGGAGAGCGGAACCGGGAGAGGGGCGCGGGGUGCGGGCGGGGGCGGUGCGGGGCGCCGGGAGAGGUGCGGGGGGUGAGCGGCCACCGGAGCGAUGCGAGUUCCGGAGGGACCGCUCCCGGUUCCGGUGCGGUCCGGACCCGCCGCCCCCCGCAGCCCCGCACCCCCCGCCCCCGCCCGGUGCGUGCCCGCCGCUGACGUCAACCCCGCUCCGGGCCCCAUAUAAAGCCCCGAGCGCGGCUCCGGCUCAGCCCCGCGGGGACGGACGGAGCUCCGCGCAGCGCACGGCGCCCAGAGCUCAGCGCAGCGGUACGGGCGGGACGGGACGGGGCGGUGCGGGGCGGUGCGGGACGGGCCGGGGGGGCGCUCGGCCUCGGGGAAGCCCCGUCGGGUGCGGACUCCGCGCUGACCCGCGGCCCCGCAGGUGCGGACGAGCCGAGAUGCGGCGGGCGCUGCUCACCGUUCUGCUGCUGCUGUGCCGCCCGUUCCCCGCCGCCCCCCGCCCCGCCCGCCCCGACGGCCCCGACGGCCCCGGCUCGGGGGUCCCCGCGGCGGAGGGGAGAUCCGAAGCGCCGUGGCCGCCGCUGCCCGCGGAGCCGUGGAGGACUCGGAGGGACGACCCGCCGCUCUCCAUCGACCUCACGUUCCAUCUCCUGCGGCACCUCCUGCUGCUCGCCCGCGCCCAGAGCCAGCGCGCCCGCGCCGACACCAACCGCCGCAUCCUCGACGCCGUGGGGCGCUGAGCCUCGCGCCGGCACCGCACCGCGCCGGGACCGCUCCGACGGGUGCGCGGCUCCGGGACUGCCCUCCGGGCCGGCCCCGAGCCCGUUUUGUAAUAAAAC